GGAGAUGCGCGGGAGAGUCAGCGGGAUGUGUUGUGUGUUAGAGGUUCAAAGCUCAGCCUGAGGAAGUGUUAGUUCUGUGAAGGAAACACUUUUAUUUACGCAAGAAGCCGUGGAGAAAGUGGUGUAACAGUCUUUCAAGGCUGCUGUGCGAGUAGGACUCAUGGACAGGACCAGCUCCAAGGAGACUUUAAAUCAAGUCUGGACCUGCUCUAUUCCUGCUCAGUGAGGUCGGCUCCAGCCACAUGGACAGCUCGUUGAAGAGCUCUGAAACUGUCACAGCCAGAAAUGUGGGAUAGGAAGAGUUUGAUGUCCUCCUUGCCAGCGCUUGGCAGCAGCAGAGCGAGUCUUGCAAGCAAACGAGUCCACUCAGCAGGGCUGAAAGCUGGAAAUCCUGCCUCAACGUCUCCUGUGAACUGGGUUUCAACCUGACUCCAUGAGUUGCCCUGUUUACUGGCUGAAGAGAGAUCCCAGCAAUGCCCAGAAGACUUACACAGCAACUAAGGAGUCGUAAUCCUGCAGCACAACGAGGGCGAGGGUUGAUUCAUUGAUGACGGGUCUCAGGAAGUACAGCUCACUUUGGAAGGAAUAGCAGCAUUUUGCUCGUGCGAUCUCCACAUGAGUGCAGCAGGAACGUGCAGGGCCCUGGGGCUGGGCUUAAGGACUCCGCACAUCCCUAUUCAGCAGGAAAUCCUCCCCUCAGACGUGCCUGGGCGUGGCCUGUAGCAGAAUGGAUCACACUUCCUUCAUUUCCUCCUCCCCCCAUGAGAUGCCGUGCAGCUCAUCCGGGGGGUUAAGCUAGAUUCCCCAGCUGUUUUCUGCAGUGCUGUCGUCACACGUAGCCCAGGAUCUCAGCAGCAUCAUUGCAUCAACCGGCACUUUCCUCCGUUUUGGAUUUGCCUCCUGGGGUGUUUGUCACCUCCUGCUUCGAGUGUAGUUCUGUGCCUAACGAGCCUCCACAAGAAUGGAUACUGGUUUGUGAAAUCUUCCAGCUUGGUUAAAACAGCUUCUUCCUCAUGGCUUUUUCCCCAGAUCUCCUGUUCUUGCGUUUCACCUCUCCAUGCCCUGGGGAAGCGCCACAGGCCUGACUGCAGGUGGUCAAGGCCUGCUGAGCCACACGCUCUUUGUUGCUUUCUUGGUUGACUCUUAUGUGCACCCACAGUUCGUCCAGCAGCAUGUCCAGGGCUCCCCAGCAGCACGUGCCUGGCUGACCCUCCGUCGUGGACAGCCUGCUUGCAGCGUUGAAUUCCCCAAAGGCCCAAGGCAGCGAAGGCUUUGGUAUUUGAAACUUGAUUGAGGGAUCUCCCAUCCUACUCAAGGACACCUCAUUUGGAUUUCCUGGAGAAGAGGCUUCUCGCUUUGAACUAGGAGCCGGUGAAUCUGACUACUUACAAAAUUAUUCAUUUCAAGUUUAUAUAGAUUUGGGUGGCUUCAAGUGGGUGUUGAUGAGAGUCCCUUUCACGUUGGGCAUCCUCUGCACUUCUGACAAACCACAUUUAUGAAUCAGUGUUGCACUAGUCCCAAAAUAGCUGAUAAGCAUGUUAAGCAAGGUAAGAAAACCAGGAGUGUGGAGAGAGAUGGGGUUUGGGUACCUGGUGAUGUUGUGAGUCAACACUGGCAUUUCUCGCUGUUGCCACAAACACAUGAGUUACAGGUGGGCAUGAUGGGGCAAGCCUAAGCCUGGCACGUAACUGCCUUAUGGAAGAAACUCCUCUUGAAAAGCAUCAAUAAAGUGACCAAAGAAGGAUUUUAAAAUCUGAGGAUGCAAAAUAACUUCCCUACAUCCAGACAAAUUGAGAUAGGCUAUUUCUUAGUGACUUGGGGGCUCAGAUGCAAGGGGAAAAGUCUGAAAUGGGCAGAAGAUAAUUUAAUAUCCAUCCCUUGUUAGAAUCUACAGCAGGUGCCUUUUUUAUUCUUGCAGAUUAAGCUUGCCAAGCUUUCCUUGCUGAAGUGCUUCUAGGCUAACCGUUAACUCGGGGAGAGCACAAGUUCAGUCAAAAUCAGAUCUCUCUGCUGAUGCACAGGUCUGGGGAGGUCAUGGGGAACGACACCAUGUGUGAUUCAGCCAAGGAAGGAACAGGGCAAACCCAUUCCUCAGCUCCUGCAGCAUGCAGUUGCUGCAUAAAGACCCCCUAAAUCCAAAUGUGAUCUCCUUAAUAAGAAUGUUAUUUAGUUUUUAAAAUAGAGUAGCCUGCAGGAAUUGGAAAGCCCGUAAAGUUGUGUCGUAGCAACUUUGCAGCAAGGAAAUAAAUGAAGGUUUGUUGUGGGAAAGGCCAGUUCUGGUGAUAGGGAGACAAGGAUCUCUGGGAUUACAGUUCUGGAGCCAUUGGAUAAUAACAUGCCUGCUCAGUGGUCUUGUUGCAGUGGUGCUUGUGAGUGCUACCGAGCUGCUGCAGUGAGUGCUGAUGCAAGAGCCCACGUGGCGCUUGGGUGCAGAUGUUGGGCACCGUGGCAUGAGGCCAGCGUGCCCCAAGCACCCCUGAGCACCUCAGCAAGCAGAGGUUCAUCAAGGCAAUAGGACAGAUGGUUGUGCUGUGGGAUUUGCCUGCACGAGUCCCAGCCUUUUAUCCUAUUGCAGGGCUACAUUUUUAUUUCAGCUAUCUUGAUUCUUCUGUCCUGAGUGGAGAGCUCCGUGUUUCAGCUGGUUGCCCUUGCUGAGUCUGGAGCAGAGUUGCCAGUUCGACGUACCUGUGAUCUGAAAACGGCCUGUCUGGCCAGCAGGGGAGAUGCCAGAUGCCGUUUUGAGAAGCCAGAGACACACCCUGACUUGCUCAGUGAAAAGCAGCCCUCUGCGGAUGGUAGCGCUGCGCACUAAGUGCCCGGCAGCUAGCGGCUUGCAGGUGAUUCUUUGCAUGUAUGGGCACUCUGAAGACCUUUGCAGACAUGUCGCCUUUACUCCCAGGGCUGGGCUUCCUCCUUUUGGUCGGUUGGCAAGUAGCUGCUGCGGCUUCCACUGAGGCAUAUCUGUGCUCCAGCUCCCCUGUCAAUGAAUCUGCCGUGUGUGCUUCAGUGAAAAGUGUCAGCCAGGAGAUGAUUCUUGAGAUAGCCCGUGGCCAAGCUUCCCCCUGCAGCCUCACUUUUGGUCAAUACGCCUGUGCACAGAGUGCCUGGCUCCAGGACCUUCAGGAUGAUUUCCUCAUAUCCCUAUAUUCUUGCCUUACCACUAAACCUGCCAGCGCUAUGGAUCGGGAAUACUCUGUUCUGUUCUUUUCCAAAUACGAUGCCAAGAAGCUUAUAGCCGCUCUGACUGUGUUCAGCCGGCGGUUUUCUCAUGUGCCUCUUUCUCCCGAGUGGAACGUGAUCUUCAUUAACGGCCUGUGGGAGAAGAUGUUGCAAGUACCAGAUAUUGACAGCCCACCCGUUUUGUCUCACUGGAUCCAUGAGGGGCUUCAGCCAUUCCUGGUCGAGCCCAAGGUCUUUGCUUGCCUCCAUGCCAAAACCGUGUUGUGUGAGAUGUUUCAGAAGAUAGUCGCCGCCCUGAAUGGCAUGUAUUCUGACCUUCCAGUGGAAGAACAGAGGAAUCUUUACACUGGGAUCAAACACCGUCUCAUCCAGGAUGGAUCAAACCAGAAAUGCUACAGUGCAGCCGUUCCAGGUCUGAAUUCCACUGCUUGGUUUGAAAAUUAUCUUGGAUCCUUUACAGAGCAUGCAACUGUUGAAGACCUACAGCUUUUUGGAGAUGAACCAACACUUCAAACAUUUGCCAGGGAUCCAGCCAACCUGCAGAUGAUCAGCAACCUCACCUUGCUCCGGGAGACAGCUGUGUACUAUACCUCGCUGCUGACCUCUGGACCUGAUUUUCCCUUAUCAAGUCUCCCAGACAAAUUUGUUUGCUACCUGAGCCCCUCAGCAGUGAGCAACCUGAGCAGAGAUGAUGCUUUGAGCUUGGCCCAGAGGAUCAGUAAGAACUGCCCAUUGAACCUGACGUACAGAGGAAUAACUAGAGAGAGAGCUCCCUCCUCCCUGACAACAGAGGAACUGCAGGUUGCAUCUGCUUUGGUGAGAAAGUUCGAGCAUUUCUCUCCUGCAAUCCUGCGUGCAUUGGGCCAGGCUGCAGUUGGGCUGUCCAUAUCCGACAUUGAAAAUGGCAUCAGUGAUGAAGACCUUGAAGCAUCUAUUCCUGCCCUGGGUAAAGUUCGUGGCUGGAACGCUGAGCAGUCCAGUGCUAUUAUCAACAAACUGCUCAGCUCUGGCUAUCAGAUCUCGGAUGGACAGAGCCUGGCAAAGCUAGGGAGCUUGGUGGCGGGCCUCAACAGCAGCACAAUUCAAAGUCUGCCUCCACAAGUGAUUUUGGAAGCCAUUAAGUUGCCCGAGUUUGAUCAGCAAAUGGUGACCCUGCCCUCUGCUCUGAAAAUGGCAUUUGUGGAAAAGAUCUCCUCCAGUGUAGACCGCUCAGUUGACCUGGUUAAAUAUAUCCCUGAUGGUCUGGCCAGUUACAUUCCAAAAUCAUUGCUUGUUUUUGGGGAAGAGAAGCCCAGUAUUCAGGAUCUCAACAGUAAAACGUGGACCCGAGAACAGGCUGCCAUGUUUUUCAGUUACGUGAUAAAGAUGGAGCCUGACUUCAGCAGGCUUUCCCAGUCAGUCCUCCAAGGCUUCACGUGUGCAGCUGCCAAUGUGACGGAAGCAGAAAGAUUUCAGGAGUUGGCCAAAGUCAUGAAGAAGAAAAAUGUCAAACUGGGAGAAGACCAGCUGAGCUGCUUAGUGAAGUUGGUAACGUUGCAUGGGAUUCCCAAGGAUUUAGAUAGCUAUCCUGAAGACCUGUUGCUGUUUUUAAGUCCUUCAGACUACGCAGCGACAGGGAGCUGUAGGCAGUACUUUACUAAUAUUGGGAAAGCAAAUCUUGAUGUUCUGCAAAGAGAGUCGUCUCGGCGGAAGCAGCUGCUCAGGGAGGCUUUCCUAUGUUUGAAAAUUCCUGGCCCACAAGUAAGUGAGGAAAAUGCAGAGAUUCUGGGACAUCUGGUCUGUGACCUGGGUGGAGAAUACAUUAGAAGUUCUGGUGGGAAUUUGCUGAAGCAAUUAAGCCAAUGUGAAUCUUUCCUGCCUGAUCAAGAAGAGGCUAUUAGGAGUGUCAUCGGCAGUGGUAACACUACAUUUGGGCCGCCUGAAACGUGGUCAGCUUUUACCUUGAAUGAGCUCGGUGGGUUGAUUCCUGUACUUGAUCACAGCACCUUGCAGAAGAUCCCCAAGAAUUCUUUGACAGUUUGGCUGAAAAACUUUGCACACAAUUCACCUCUGUCAAGGGAGGAGCUGGCCACUGUUGUCCAAGUACUCCUGCCUACCAGGCAUAAGCGUGCUGAUGGUUGCCCACCUAGCAAGAAGAUAACAGAGAUGGUUCUUAACGAUGAAUUAAUGCCUCUUCAAUACACGCCUGAGGAGUUACAUGCUUGCCUGAAGAAUGUGUCUCUGGAGAAUCACCUCUCUCUGAUACUGACCUAUCCCUUCACAGUCCAGCAAUUGACUGUGCUGAAGAGAAGUCUGGAUGAGACAUAUCCUGACGGGUAUCCUGAAAGUCUGCUCCCCAAGCUGGGCUCUCUUCUUGAUUUCAUCACCCCUGAGGAUGUUUCCAAAUGGAAGAUAACUUCGGCUGACACGCUGGCUGCCUUGCUAAAAAGUCAGCCCCCUGAUUAUCAGGCUUCCAUAGUGAUUAAACGAUACGUUGACUUGGGAAAUGCCUUGAACGUCACUGCACUGAACGCAAUUGGUACGAAAUACCUGUGCCUUCUAAACGUAUCUGCGCUGAACAUGAUAGACCCCAACAGCUUGACACGGGUAUCUCUGAAUCCUACAGCCUGUUCACAGCUUAUGAAAGACAUCUUAUAUGUUAAAGCAAAGCAUGCUUUCUCAGGCGAGAACUAUUCAGCUGCGUACUAUACGCUUAUUGAACCGUAUCUAGGGGGUGCUCCUGGUAUUGAUCUCAAAGCUCUAAGCAAGGAUAACGUGAACAUGGAAGUUAGUACUUUGGCAAAGUUAAGGAGAGACUCUUUGAUGAGCCUGACGCCUUCUGACGUCCGGUGCUUGCUGGGCACCCAUCUUGGAGAGCUGGUGCAAUGGCAGAAUGUGUCUCCCAUCCGGGAGUGGGUCCAAAGGCAGAAACAGUCAGAACUGGAUCAGCUGCAAAUUUCACUCACUGGGGGGACACAAGAGGGCUACUUAAACAUCGUUACCCCCAAAUUUCAGUCACCGUCCUUGGCCUCUCUGGGUGCUGUGGCCACGACACUCCACCUCCUGCCUGCUCUGCUUAUCAGUUUCCUGAUGAUGUCGGGCUUGUCUUGAAAAUCUUCCAUCAAGAGAAGGCAAGAUGAGGGGGACCAGCCUGUGACCUGCUCUGAGGCCUGUCGGGGACAGCCACGCCUGGGGGCUGAGGGGAUGCUCAGUGCUAGCGGGCAGCAGGCCAGGGUUCACUUUUAGGUACUUUUCUCUUUCAAAUCACUUUAAAAAAAAAAAAAUCAGUGUCGUAUCUGAAUUGAAGGUUUCAGCCUCUUCAGAGCAGGAUCUUUGCCUUUUGUAGAGAUCAAGCCUGGGUAAGGCCCAGCCAUAUUACUGCAACACAAACGAUGUCAGUAUUUUACUGCGCAGCCCUGGUGGGUUUAAGGGUGAGCAAAUUGGCUGUUCUGCGUGUUAAUGAUUGCGUUUCUCAAAGAGCCUCAUCUCUUAAUGCUACCAGGACCUCCGAGUGGGAGUGAAGUUCUCCGGCUGGUUGUAAAUAAAUAAUGGAACUAAGUAAAAAUAAAAUGCCAGAAGCAGCU